AUGGGACUCGCACAAAGCCGCAGCUUCGACCCCGAGGGCCUCUACCUCCACGGCACAGCACCCUCAGUCCUGCCCAUCUCGGUCGCCGCCGCCGUAGGGCCCGAUUUCAUCCUGGUCAUCCUCUGCUGCUUCCUCUGCGGCGCCAACAGCUCGCUCUACGCCGUCUACCUUCACCUGUUUGGAGGACGCAAAGGCGACCCGGCCAUCCUACAGCUCGCGGUGCUCGUCUCGGUCGCAUGCAAUGCUACACAGGCGCUGUACGGCGCGCUGCUGUACUACUACAGCGAUCUCAUCGACCUGUACACGCCGCUCGGGUUUGACAUGAACAAGAUCGAGGUGUACGUGGUGGUGUUCCAUGCGCUGCAGGCAUUGCCGGAAGCGAUUGGGCAGGUGUACUUCGCGCUUCGGAUUGCGAAGCUGUUUGACCACCGGCGUACGGUGGUGCGCAUUGUGCUGGGUGGGGUGUUGUUCCUGGUCGCGGUGCAGGCGGUACUUGUCAACUGGUUCGGCGUCGCGUUCUACAGUAUGGGCUACAAGUCUCGCUUGCUAGACGAAGAGAAGCGCGGGUGGGUCAAGGGCAUCAUCUCAGCCUGGACGGUGGUGUUCAUAUCGCUCGAGCUGUCCAUGACCGUGACGACGCUGGCGCGGCUGAUGGUGUUGCGACGCAAGACGACGAUGGAUGGAGCAAGGAGGGUGAUUUUCAACCUUGCCGUGUACUCGGUACAGGGGCAGGUUCUGCUGACGGCAUACUCUAUGUCGAGUCUCUACCUGUUCUCGCGUUCAGCGACGGGCUGGUAUACUCCCCUGUACCUGCUCAGCGGCUCACUCUACACGUUGAUCCUGCUAGCUAACUUGAUCUACCGCUCUGCCGUUUCUUCGGCCAUGCAGAAGGCACAGUCGAGCCACGAAGCCGCCGAGCACUCGCAGCGCUCACUACGAUCGCAUCGCGAUCCCCCGCCCAACGCCGUCUGCUCAUACUCCACCGAACCCGUCGAAAACCUGCGGCUCGAAACACGCCUCCCGCCACCACCCUCCCACAACCACUCAAACGGCCCCGACUGGUGGCACAGCAAAGAGCGGGAGGAGAGGGAAGACACGGAAUCAAAAGCAGAGACGGGAUCCAUGCGCUCUUGGCAGAUGGAGCCGGUGUCGAAUCGGCCAGAGUCGGAUGGGAGGAGCUUUGGGCAAAGCCUCCCCCCGCUUUCGCGACGCCCAAGUGGCAGUGCAAAGCCAACGCUGCCACUCGUAAGAAUCAAUACGAAGACGUCAUUCCGCUCGUUCAAGCAGUAUCACUUCUAA